GUGGUUUUCUUAAAUCCGGAAACACUGCUUCUGGACCUUUAACAGGGCGGAAGUUGACACUCAUGGAACCAUUGUUAACAUUUUACCGCUAUGGCGUUUGACGUAAAAUCCAGGGCGAAGCGAUACGAAAAGUUGGAUUUCCUCGGAGAGGGCCAGUUUGCCACAGUGUACAAAGCCAGAGACAAAACAACUGACACAAUAGUCGCCAUUAAAAAGAUUAAAGUUGGCCAUAGAACUGAAGCAAAAGAUGGUAUCAACAGAACUGCCCUCCGAGAGAUCAAACUACUGCAAGAGCUCCAUCAUCCAAAUAUUAUUGGGUUGCUGGAUGCAUUUGGACACAAAUCAAACAUCAGUCUGGUGUUUGAUUUCAUGGAAACUGAUCUGGAGGUGAUCAUCAAGGACACCAGCCUUGUCCUGACUCCAGCCCACAUCAAAGCCUACAUCCUCAUGACUCUACAGGGUUUAGAGUACAUGCAUCAACAUUGGGUCCUACACCGGGAUUUGAAGCCCAAUAAUCUGCUGCUUGAUGGUAAUGGAGUGUUGAAGUUGGCUGAUUUUGGUUUGGCCAAAGCCUUCGGCAGUCCCAACAGGGUCUACACUCAUCAAGUUGUCACCAGGUGGUACCGCUCUCCCGAGCUCCUAUUUGGUGCCCGAAUGUAUGGAGUAGGAGUUGACAUGUGGGCGGUGGGAUGCAUCCUGGCAGAGUUACUCCUUCGUAUACCAUUUCUUGUUGGCGACUCGGAUCUUGACCAGCUGACCAAAAUCUUUGAGGCUCUUGGUACGCCGACAGAAGAGACAUGGCCGGGAGUAAGCAGUCUACCAGAUUAUAUGCCUUUCAAAAUAUUUCCUGGCACGCCUCUUGAGCACAUAUUUAGUGCAGCUACCGAUGACUUACUAGAGUUGCUUCAUGGCCUUUUCACAUAUAACCCCUCAACUAGGACGACAGCCACACAGGCUCUGAAAAUGAAGUACUUCAGCAAUCGACCUGGUCCCACACCUGGCCCUCAACUUCCUCGACCAAACUGUUCGGCUGAAGUUCUGCGAGAAAAGGAAACAGCCGGGCUGAAAAGAAAAUUAGAAGGCCUGGAAACAACUUCCAUGAAGAAGUUGAUUUUCUAAUCAGAUGUGCAUGGCGCAGGACUGAUGUGGGCUGGAAUGUCAAAGGUACUGCUCUAUCCUGCAAUCCAGGAAGGGAUGGACAGUAUAACCUGCGGUCAAGAAGCACUUCUGGGAUCUCUGAACUACAGUCAGCAGCCUGCUGGGUUUGGGCUGUUUAUCCAUCUGUGACAGAAAAAGAGAAAGACCGCACUAGCCUGCCACGGAUAAAAGUUUUGGUACCAAGCCAUUACACCCACAAGAACCACUGAGUGAUCAAAACAUACAUUAAAAAAACAUCUAUAAAGUCACUGAUGUUGGAUGAAAGGGCCACAGCUCACAAUAUCUGUAGUUCAUCACAAAGGUGUUUGGGACAGUCAAGUUCAAGUGUACCAUACCACUGUCGAGUCAUGCCUUACGGUCCUUCCCCAAACGGUCACCACACAGUCGUAGGCACAAAAUUAUGUAUAUGUAACACAAGGAAUUGAUAGUCAGGGUGAAUUAAGCAGUGUUGCCCGAUUGGUUCAUUCAUCAGGAAGUGUGUCUGACUACUUUUGUCCAUGUUUAGCUAUGUAUUGUUUUUUUGUACAUAAAACCAAUAAAUGGUGCAAAUGCA